AGCCUCCCAUGCCUGUGGGGAUGUGUCCAUUUUGGGGACAAUCUGGAGGAUGAGUGGUUCAUCACCUGGCUGCUGCAGCAGCUCACUCUGCGCAUCCCAGGCUCAACAGCCCGGGUCUGGGACAACGAUGGCGAGUUCUUGCUGAUUGAGGCGGCCUACUCGCUGCCACGCUGGCUCAAGCCAGAGACAUCCACCAACAGGGUCUGGAUUGCUGGGGGCAAGCUGCACAUCGUACCACUGCCAUCAGCUGCUGCUCCCAGCAUCCCAUCCUUCCCCACGCUGACCCAGGCCCUGCAGCUUGUCCGGUCCGAGCAUGCGCAAGCAGCCAUACAGGCGCGGCUGGGUGACUUCCAACCAGGCCGGCACAAGCACAUGCACAGAGCGCGAACUGUUGUUCCUGCUCGGGUGGCUGCUGUACUGGCAGCCGAGCCGCAGCUGAUCGCGCCAGCGGUGGAGGCAUUUCACUACCGGGACUUGGACGACAUGAAGGCGGCUGCUCGCAUGCAGCACUUCCCCCCUCAGGCAUCGCCCUACCUAUAUCUGGAAUGCCAAUGCCUCUAUGCGCAAUUGGAGCAGCAGCAAUUUGAGCCGCCCAAGGGUUAUGCCCUGCCGGCUCCUGAGAGCGCCACUUUCCGUGCCGCGCAGCUCGGCAUGAAACUGACCUGCGGCUUUGAAAUGCUCUACUCCAGACGCGAGCACCAUGCCGACCCCGACAACGGCAAACAGAAAGUGGCAGACAAUCCCAGCUGGAGGGUGUACAAGAGCAGCCUGGAGCGGAAUGGAUACUUCAAGGGGAACAUUCCAGGCUCCCAGCAGCACCGCGAGCUGAUGCAGGCAGCGCUGCAGAGCUUUGUGGCCUCCGAAGCUUACAAAAAGUCCUGUGCAGCCCUAGCAGCGCCCGUCCUGCGCAUGCAGGACAUCCUGCAGCAUCCUCCCUCCAGGGACCAGCUUGAAAAGGGCAUGCAAGGAGCAGAGGACGAGGACAGCUGGAUGAGGGAUGGUGCGGAUGUGCUGGAGAGGGAGCUGGCGGCCAGGCAGACUGAGCGGGAAGCAUCUGCCUCCGGCAAGCCGCUGAGGACUGACUUUGAUCCUGAGGACAUGGCUGAGCGAGUGAAGGCAUUUGUGGCGAAGGAGUCCAGCUUUGAGGGGGCAGAGCUGCCGGCCGCAGCGUCACGCGAAGGGGUCUCAUUCGACGGCAAGCGCUUCUUGACCGAGCUGGGCGCAGCUCUGGGGAUGCAGCCGGGGGACGCCGACCCCUUCUUGCAGGACCUGGCCUCGGACAGCGAGGACGAGGGCAGCUCCUUUUUUGGCGGCGCCAGCGAGGACGCUGAUGUCAGCAGCAAUGACGACGAUGAUGCAAGCGCCGAGCCCGACGCGCCAAACGUGUACCGGGCGCAGCGUGCAGAACGUUCCCACAACGGCCGCGUGCUCCCUGAGAGCGGCCAGCCCAGCAACAGCGCAGAAGCAGCCGCGCAGCGGAGCAUGGAUUCUAGCUCUCGAGCGGCAUGCGAAGACGUGGAAGAGGAAGAAGAGGAGCUAAGGCCGGUGGACAUAGAUCUGAACCUGGUGCAGAAUCUGCUGGCGUCGUACUCUGGGCAGCAGGGGCUGCCUGGCCCGGUCAGCAACCUGAUGGGGCUCAUGGGCCUGCACCUGCCGGAUGAC